AUGGACGACUUAGAAACAGCACUUCUUGUCAGCGCUUAUGAAGCAUUGAACAUCGAUCAAUACUGGCCAGAAUGUGAUUCUAGGGAAGAAUGGGACGACGACAAAGAUGAAGAAUUUCCUAUUUUCCUUUCUUUCUUCGAGCAGCUUUUUGACGUGGUCGUACAGCAAAACAACUUGACCAAUGAGGAGAAAGUUCGUCAAGCCAUCCACCAUCUUGUGUCCAACUACAGCAAGACAAACAACGGGCAAACGCCGCAAGAGCUGGACUUCAAUGACUUGAGCAAUUGUGUUGCGUAUCUGCAUCGAUAUGCAGCGUGCCAUGCUGCUCUGAUGCGUAGCGUCCUGGUACGGCUUUUCCAUAUAUGUCCUCCAGCACAAGUACGUCGGAUGCUAAGUCUCAAGCAGAAUCUCAAGGUCCUAAGCAUGGGUGGAGGACCUGGUAGCGACGCUUUCGGUUUUAUCAGUGCGUUGUAUGGUCGCCAUUAUGGUCUCCAAAGUCUCGAUCUGUUCGUCCUAGACAGUGGAUCCGCUUGGGAUGUUGUUCUGGCUAGUUCCAGCCAGCUUCUGCGUAGAGGAAGUCUUGGAAAUGCCAGCGCUAUCUUCUCAGAAGUAAAUACGAAGGUGCAGUUUAUUCAUGCGUGCAUUAAAGGUUCUGAAAUAAAAACAUUAGUUCAAGGCAUGGAUGUCGUUUUGCUCGCGAAGGUAUUGUCAGUGGUGCCAGAUAGAGAAAAAGUUUCAUACUUGCAGAAUAUUGUGUCAAGUAUGAAGCCAGGUUCGUUACUAAUUUAUGUGGACUGCCCUUUCGCCAAAGCAGCUUUCCAAUCUCAGUCAGAACUGUUGGAACCUAUCUACACGGCAGAAAAAAGCAGGUUUCAUUUCAAUUACGAAGUGGAGAGAUUCGGGUUUAAGAACAUCACUACAUGCCAAGCUGAUGUGAGAGCUUACAUUAAGAAAUAUGCACCAAGUUGA